CUAACAAAAAACCUAACAAAAUGCAAGACCCAACGAAACGUAAGAUUACAAAAUACAAGACCCAACAAAAUAUAGCAUCCAACAAAACUGACAAAGAUCUGACGAAGCAAGAUCUGAUGAAGGAAAACCAAAUAAGACUCAAUGAAACAAGCCCAAAAAAACCAAACCCGACAAAGCAAGACCCAACAAAAUCAAACCCGAUGAAGCAAGACCCAACAAAAUCAAACACGACAAAGCAAGACCCAACGAAACCUGAUGAAGCAGGAUCCAAUAAAGUAAAGCCUGAAGAAGACCCAGUAAAGCAAGACAUACACAAGAAGU